GCGGGGGCGCUGCGCCGUGCGGACUGCUAGCUGGACUGCGGGAGUGCCGAAGCUCGCCAGCCGAGGCAGCACGGCUCCGCGGACUUUUUUUCAAACUCCCAUCAAUGAGUCUUCGAGGAGGAGCGGGAGGCGGCGGCGGCGGCGGACUCGGAGGAAGGCGCGGAGGAACCGUAGGAGCGGGAGGAAGGAGCGCGGCACGCCGGGGUCUUGGGGAGCUGCCCGGUCGCCGGCGGUAGGGGCUGCCGGCCCCCGGCCGCCUCUGGAUCCCCUCCCCUGCGUGUCCCGCCUCGCCCCGGCCGGACGGAGCCCCGGCACACGGCAGCCCGCGGCGGGACGCCACGCCAGCCAAGUUGGGAUGGGGGCCCACAGCCACCGCCCGGCGCCCCGGAGGCCACCUGCGUGCUAGAGGCAAACUUUUGUCUCCCUCGGGCUGCCACCCAGGACCAUGAGCGGCUAGGAUGGAGGCAUCUGCUUCAGUCCCGGCUGUGGAGAAGAAAGAAGCCAAGAGUGGGAUCCUGGAGGGCAUCGCUUUCCCCGAGCCGGGCAGGAAGGCCUCUGCCCUCGCGGUGGCCGCCGCAGUAGCUGCCCAAGGAGUUCCACAGCAUCUUCUGCCACCGUUCCACGCCCCCUUGCCGCUUGACAUGCGACACCAGGAGGGGAGGUACCAUUACGAGCCCCAUUCUGUCCACGGUGUACCCGGGCCUCCCGCCCUGAGCGGCAGCCCCGUCGUCUCAGACAUCUCAUUGAUCCGGCUCUCCCCACACCCCGCCGGCCCUGGGGAGUCCCCCUUCAACGCCCCCCACCCGUACGUGAGCCCCCACAUGGAGCAUUACCUCCGCGCCAUGCACGGCAGCCCCACGCUCCCUGCCAUCCCCGCGGCCAGGGGACUCAGCCCGGCAGACGUGGCCCACGAGCACCUUAAGGAGAGGGGGCUGUUUGGCCUCCCCGCUCCAGGCGCCAACGCCUCAGACUAUUACCACCAGAUGACCCUCAUGGCGGGCCACCCCACGCCCUAUGGGGACCUGCUGAUACAGAGCGGGGGUGCUGCCAGUGCACCGCAUCUCCACGACUACCUCAAUCCAGUGGACAUGUCGCGUUUCUCCAGCCCCCGGGUGACACCCCGCCUGAGCCGCAAGAGGGCGCUGUCCAUAUCCCCGCUCUCCGACGCCAGCCUGGACCUGCAGCGCAUGAUCCGAACCUCGCCAAACUCCCUGGUGGCCUACAUCAACAAUUCGCGCAGCAGCUCAGCCGCCAGUGGCUCCUAUGGCCAUCUGUCGGCCGGGGCCCUCAGCCCGGCCUUCACCUUCCCGCACCCCAUCAACCCCGUGGCCUACCAGCAGAUCCUGAGUCAGCAGAGGGGCCUGGGCUCGGCCUUCGGACACACACCACCCUUGAUCCAGCCCUCACCCACCUUCCUGGCCCAGCAGCCCUUGGCCGUGGCCUCCAUCAAUGCCACACCCACCCAGCUCAGCAGCAGCAGCAACUGUCUGAGCGACGCCAACCAGAACAAGCAGAGCAGCGAGUCAGCCGUGAGCAGCACCAUCAACCCCGUGGUCAUUCACAAGCGCAGCAAGGUCAAGACAGAGGCUGAGGGCCUGCGGCCAGCCUCCCCACUAACUCUGACACAGGAGCAGCUGGCUGACCUCAAGGAAGACCUGGACAGGGACGACUGUAAGCAGGAGGCCGAGGUGGUCAUCUAUGAGACCAACUGCCACUGGGAAGACUGCACCAAGGAAUACGACACCCAGGAGCAGCUGGUGCAUCACAUCAACAACGAGCACAUCCACGGGGAGAAGAAGGAGUUCGUGUGCCGCUGGCAGGCCUGCACGCGGGAGCAGAAGCCCUUCAAGGCGCAGUACAUGCUGGUGGUGCACAUGCGCAGACACACAGGCGAGAAGCCCCACAAGUGCACGUUCGAGGGCUGUUCCAAGGCCUACUCUCGCCUGGAGAACCUGAAGACGCACCUGCGGUCCCACACAGGAGAGAAGCCAUACGUGUGUGAGCACGAGGGCUGCAACAAGGCCUUCUCCAACGCCUCGGACCGCGCCAAGCAUCAGAACCGCACCCACUCAAACGAGAAACCCUACAUCUGCAAGAUCCCAGGCUGUACCAAGCGAUACACGGACCCCAGCUCACUCCGGAAACACGUGAAAACGGUCCAUGGCCCAGAUGCUCACGUCACCAAGAAGCAGCGCAAUGACGUGCACCUCCGCGCGCCCCUGCUCAGGGAGAACGGGGACAGCGAGGCUGGCGCCGAGCCCGGCCGGGGCUCCGAGGACAGCACCGAGGCCAGCAGCACCAGCCAGGCUGUGGAGGACUGCCUGCAUGUCAAAGCCAUCAAGACGGAGAGCUCCGGGCUGUGUCAGUCCAGCCCCGGGGCCCAAUCUUCCUGCAGCAGUGAGCCCUCACCCCUGGGCAGUGCCCCCAACAAUGACAGUGGCGUGGAGAUGCCGGGGACAGGGCCUGGGAGCCUGGCAGACCUGACUGCUCUGGACGACACACCACCAGGGGCCGAUGCCUCCGCCCUGGCCACCCCCUCUGCCGGUGGCCUGCAGCUGCGCAAACACAUGACCGCCAUGCACCGGUUCGAGCAGCUCAAGAAGGAGAAGCUCAAGUCGCUCAAGGAUUCCUGCUCAUGGGCCGGGCCAGCUCCACACACCCGGAACUCCAAGCUGCCUCCCCUCCCGGGAAGUGGCUCCAUGCUGGAAAACUUCAGCGGCGGGCCGGUGGGGCUGCUGCCCAACCCGCGACUGUCAGAGCUGUCCGCCAGCGAGGUGACUGUACUGAGCCACCUGCAGGAGCGCCGCGACAGCUCCACCAGCACGGUCAGCUCGGCCUACACCGUGAGCCGCCGCUCUUCCGGCAGCUCCCCCUACUUCUCCAGCCGCCGCUCCAGUGACGCCUCACCCCUGGGCCCUGGCCGCGCGAACCCUGCCAGUUCUGCAGACUCCUACGACCCCAUCUCCACCGAUGCGUCGCGGCGCUCCAGCGAGGCCAGCCAGUGCGGCGGUGCUGGUGGCCCAGGGCUGCUCCAGCUCACCCCCGCCCAGCAGUACAGCCUGCGGGCCAAAUACGCGGCAGCCACUGGUGGGCCACCCCCGACGCCGCUGCCCGGCCUGGAGCGCGCGAGCCUGCGGGCCAGGCUGGCGCUGCUGGAUGCUCCAGAGCGCGCGCCGCCCGCCGCCUGCCCGCGCCCAGUUGGGGUGGGGCUGCGGCGCGGCAGCGACGGGCCACACUAUGGCCCGACGGGAGUGGCGCCCACCUUCCCCCAUGAGGGCCCAGGCGGUGGGCUGCGGCGGGCCAGUGAUCCCGGGAGGCGGCCUGACGCCUUGGCACCCCCGCGGGUCCAGCGCUUCCACAGUGCCCACAACAUGGCCCCGGCUGCGCUGCCGCCAACGUGCACCCAGGGGCGAGGCCUCCGCCUGCAGGGCCACGCGAGCGCCGACGGCGGCCUGGCCCGCGGUGCCUACUCGCCCCGGCCGCCGAGCAUCAGCGAAGACCUGGUGAUGGAGGCCGUAGCGGCAGCGGCAGACAGCGCGGGCCCGGAGAUCAGUCUUGGGCUGCCAGAGGACGACCUCGUGCUUCCCGAUGACGUGGUGCAGUACAUCAAGGCGCGUGCAGGUGGCACUCUAGAGGAGAGCACCCCGCAAGUGUACGCCCCGGAAAGCACCUGCUUCCCUGAGAACCCCAAACUGCCCAGCCCAGGGCUGCCCAGCCAGCGCAGGAUAGCGGCCGCAGACUCCAACGUGGGCCCCUCCGCCCCUGCGCUGGGAAGCUGCCAGCUAGGCUACGGGGCCCCCUCCAGCCUGAACAAGAACAGCAUGCCUGUGCAGUGGAACGAGGUGAGCUCCGGCACCGUGGACGCCUUGGCCAGCCAGAUGAAGCCUCCUCCCUUCCCCCAGGGUAACCUGGCUGUUGUGCAGCAGAAGCCGGCCUUCAGCCAGUACCCAGGGUACAGUCCGCAAGGCCUGCAGCCAAGUCCUGGGGGCCUGGACAGCUCACAGCCACACCUUCAGCCCUGUGGUGGGGCCCCCUCAGCGCUCAGGGUGAAUUACAUGCACCAACUGCGGCAGCCAGGGGCAGGUGGCCAGUGUCCCAGCAUGACAGUGGCUGUGAGCCCCCACACCGGCUACAGCCAAGCCCAUCCCCAGCUGAGCCCCAGCACCAUGGGGGGGACCCUGAACCAGUUCCCCACCUCUUGCAGCAACAUGGCAGCCAAGCCAGGCCACCUGGGGUUCCCCCAGCAAAUGGAGGUGGCUCCUGACCCCACCAUGAUGGGCAGCAACAAUAGGGAACUUGGGAUCCCCAAUUCCACCCUGCCUGGGAUGCCACCCACUCAUGCUGCACAGAGCUACCCCCAGCAGAGCCAUCUCCUGGCAACCGCCAUGAGCCAGGAGGGCUACCGCCAAGGUCCCAGCCUUAUGCCUUCCCACCAGCCCAGCUUCAUGGAGCCCCAGCAGGGCACUAUGGGGGUGGCUGGAUCAAGCUUUGGCUUGGUACAACCCCGGCCACCACCGGAGCCCAGCCCUGCUGGCCGCCACCGUGGGGUGCGUGCUGGACAGCAGCUGGCUUAUGCCAGGGCGACUGGCCAUGCCAUGGCUGCUCUGUCAACCAACCAGGAGAUGGCAGAGUCUGUGCCCAAAGGUACCAUGUUGUCCCUCCCCCCCCAGCCCCCUGCACAGGACACAGGCGGGGCCCAGGACCACAGCAUGCUCUACUAUUACGGCCAGAUCCAUAUGUACGAGCAGAAUGGAGGCCUAGAGAGACAGGCAGGCUGCCAGGCCAUGCAGCCCCAGCCACCGCAGCCCCAGGCCUUGCCCUCGCCCGGGGUCAACCAGGUGUCUAGCACAGUGGACUCCCAGCUCCUGGAGGCCCCCCAGAUUGAUUUCGAUGCCAUUAUGGAUGACGGUGAUCAUUCCAGCUUGCUCUCGGGCGCCCUGAGCCCCGGCCUCCUCCACAGCCUCUCCCAGAGCUCCUCGCGCCUCACCACCCCUCGGAACUCCCUGACGCUGCCCUCCAUCCCCACGGGCAUCAGCAACAUGGCCGUCGGGGACAUGAGCUCCAUGCUCACGAGCCUGGCUGAGGAGAGCAAGUUCCUGAACAUGAUCACCUAAGGCCCCAGUGCCCGGUGCUGAGCAGACCCAGCGGGACCAUCGCCUCCCAGAGCAUGUGGCUUUGGUCCAUUUCAUUUUCCCCCCAAAAGUAUUAAAUAGGUCUGAGGGAGUUUGGCCAGUGGCUGGUUCAGACCGCAGAUGCUGCAAGGGCAGGUUGACGUGCUUCCUGUCUGGUCUUCUUUUAGAUGAUUUUUCCGAACUCUGGAAAAAAGUCUCAAUGGGAAAGGCAAGGCAGGAAUGGAAAACUCAUUACACAGUGCUUCCCAGCCUUUGGUGUUUAUGGGACCACCCUGUUCUGGCUUCGUCACCUCUGUCAUUUGGCAAGUGGGGGAUUACCUUGGCCAUGGGCUUUCCAAGUGCACGAGGAAUGAGGCGAGAGGAGCCACAUUUGGGGUUGGAUCUGAAAGCCACAUUGGAUAGUCUUCUAAUCCAGGAAGAUAAGCUUCUUAUUCUGGUGCUUGCAAGGUAAAGGAAUUCCUGGCCUUUUGAAAUUCUAUGAAGCUUAAUUCUUGAGGCCUCUAACAUCCCUUGCCAUGGAGGAGAAAAAAAAGAUUUUACUUGGACUGGCGUUCCCGUUGCGGCUUAGCAAGUUAAGAAUCCGACUAGCAUUCAUGAAGAUUCAGGUUCAAUC